AUGAAGACCUCAUUGCUCCUGUGUGUGAUUGCCACGGCAUACGUCGCAUCUGCGGUGCAGAUUAAGAAGGAAGAACUUGAUCUGUACCCCCGGUAUGUCACCUUCCCCGAUGCCGAAGGUUUACCCCAUGUCGCAGAUUUGCACGCCGAACCUGAUUAUGCUCUCUUAGAUGAAAUCCAGAGGGAUCCCGCAAACAACCUUUACUUGUUAUUUACUCAAAUCAAUCCUAACCAGGCACAAACUUUGAUCAUCAACAAUGCUGAAUCUAUUCGGAAUUCAAACUUCAACCCUGAAGACAACACCAUCGUGGUUGUGCACGGAUGGCUCGGCGGUCAGGAUGCUGGUAUCAACCCAACUGUCAGAGAUGCUUAUUUGGGCAAAGGCCCUGCCAACGUGAUUGUCUUGGACUGGAGACGCUUGGCUUUGUCUAACUACGUGACAGCAGUUCUUGGAGUACCAGACGUUGGUGUUGGUUUGGGACAGUUCGUCCGUUUCCUCAUCUCUGUAACUGGUAUCCCUUAUGAGUCCAUCCAUCUGGCCGGUUUCAGUUUGGGUGCACACAUUGUGGGCAACGCUGGAAGGGAACUCGAAGGAAGAGUGGCUCGCGUUACUGGUUUGGACCCUGCUGGUCCUCUAUGGAUAUACAAUGAUAACAAGAUCACUGAAAACGACGGUGUCUACGUUGAGGCUAUCCAUACCAACGGUGGAGUCGAUGGUCUUGGAAUUGGCGACAUUGUUGCCAACGUUGAUUUCUUCCCCAACGGUGGCAGGUCCCAGCCUGGUUGUCUGACCUUCUUGUGCGACCAUGACCGUUCCUGGGAACUGUUUGGUGCUAGCGUCACAUACAACCAUCUGAUUGGCGCUGAAUGUUACAGCAGCUGGCAAGUUAGAUUCAACUCAUGCCGUGGCCCACCAUUCCCUCUAGGCAAUGAUGACUUAAUAAAAUCUGGAUCUGGUUUCUAUCGUGUGAACACAGGCAGAAGAUAUCCUUUCUAA